AUGUUCUCACAAGUCUUCACAAGGGCAAAGGGCAUUUUCUCGAGAAAUAAUCUCCCGGCCAGCGACGACAGCUCUGUUACCGCCCAAGCUUCUCCCUCCAACUCGACUGAUACCAACACAGACGAUUCAUCAUCCACAACCAAAAAAAUGGGGACUGCAACUAGACAGGGAAACGUGGCAUCCCCGCGCAUGAAUGGCUCAGAAACUGCCACCAAUACGAAGCGGAAAACUCUGGAGAGCAAGACGAACGGCCACUCGAAGAAGCGGAGAAGGUUAUCGCCCGAGCAAGAAGAUAGCCUGAUUGAGGUUUUGUCGUCUCAACAAGAGGCCCCAGAUGAUAAUGUGACCAUUCAAAUUCCGGCGGCACGGGAAAAGAAAAUUCGCAAUGGAACGGAAUCUACCACCCCAGACAGAUCUGCAAAGAAACCAAGCAGCCACAUUCGAUUUGGAAGCGAGGAGCCUGCACUCCCAAUUCGGACGGCGAAAGACGGCGAAAUUGAGACUGUAGAGUCGACGCAAGCACAAGCUGAGGAGGACUCUGAGAGUGACGAUGACGAUGCACCUGAAGUCGUCGACAAUUCGGUUCAAUUGUUGGCGCUGAAAGUCCAAGCACAGAAGCAAAAGGAAGCCAAGAAACGGGAUGAACUAUUGCAAAAAGAAAAGCGACGACUACAGGACGAAAAACAAAAAGCCCAAGCAAAGGCAGCGGCAGCCAAAGCCAAGGCAGAGAAACCUCAAAAACCACAAUCAUUCGAUUCGAAACUGAUCUCGGAUGAUGAUAUUGUUUCUGAAAGCACUGCAACUCUUCAAGGAUCCGUCGUUAGAGAGCCUGGUCGUCGAGUGCUUCCCGCUUUGCUGCCAGAUGAGAUUUUGAAUGCAGAGCCAAUUCACAGACUACCAUCGCCACCUCCUGAAGAGCAACAGAAGACCAGUACAAAGCAACACAAAUUUUUCAAAGAAGAUAGGCCUGCAAAAGACAUUCGUCGUGGAGACGUCACCAUUCGGGUUCUGGAAAAUAAGAAAGAGAUGCUCCCUCCCAAGAACUCGGCAGUUGGACGGCAUGUAAAGGCCGCUUGGCAGGCUGGACAAAGGGGUCGCAAUGGCACUGCUCCGGGAGGACUUAAGCGUGUUGGGGGUGCUUCGAAGGGUUUCGUACGGCGAUAG